CGGCCGAGGCCGGUCCGGAGGCGCGUGGCCGGCGGGCGGCGUGGCCGAGGGCGGGGUCGGCGGGAUGGGCCGGUCCCGGAGCCGCAGCUCGUCCCGCUCCAAGCACGCGAAGAGCGGCAAGCACAACAAGAAGCGGAGCCGCUCGCGCUCGCGCUCCCGGGACAAGGAGCGGGUCCGCAAGCGCUCCAAGUCCCGCGAGAGCAAGCGGGCCCGGCGGCGGGAGUCCCGCUCGCGCUCGCGCUCCGCCACGGCGGCCGCCUCCCGGCGCGAGCGCGACCGCGAGCGCGAGCGGGACCGCGACCGGGAGCGCGACCGCGAGCGCGAGCGCGACCGGGACCGCGCCGCCGCCUCCCCCCCGGACCGCAUCGACAUCUUCGGCCGCACCGUCAGCAAGCGCGGCGGCCUCGACGACAAGCAGAAGCGGGAGGACGACGAGAAGAAGGCCGAGUUCGAGCGACAGCGGAAGAUUCGGCAGCAGGAAAUUGAAGAGAAGCUCAUUGAAGAAGAGACGGCCCGAAGAGUAGAAGAACUCGUGGCCAAACGAGUAGAAGAAGAAUUGGAGAAACGGAAAGAUGAAAUUGAGCGAGAAGUUCUCCGCAGGGUGGAGGAAGCUAAGCGCAUCAUGGAAAAGCAGUUGCUCGAAGAACUCGAGCGACAGCGACAAGCUGAGCUUGCGGCACAAAAAGCUAGAGAGGAGGAAGAGCGUGCAAAGCGUGAGGAACUAGAGCGAAUAUUGGAAGAAAAUAACCGAAAAAUUGCAGAAGCACAAGCCAAACUGGCUGAAGAACAGUUGAGAAUUGUUGAAGAACAAAGAAAGAUUCAUGAGGAGAGGAUGAAACUAGAACAAGAGAGACAGCGUCAACAAAAAGAAGAGCAAAAAAUGAUCCUGGGCAAGGGAAAAUCAAGACCAAAACUGUCCUUCCAACUAAAAAGCCAGGAUUAAAUCACAAACUCUGAACUUUUUACAAAGAGAAAUGGAAAAACUUUGUAUGGUAGCUUCAUGUUGAAGUGUUUUGGGGUUUUUUUUUUUUUUUCCUGGGGGCGGGCAGGGA